CUACGAUUCAGCCAUUGACUUCAUUAGGUACCCGGCCCGGCGGCCGAAAUUCACGCUCACGUGCCCUCGAUAACAAUUGUCCUUCCAAGGUUGAUUUCCAUCUUACCAACCACCCCACAAAGGGCACCUCCCUCUCCUCAUUCCUGGAGCUUUUCCCAUUAAUGAAUUAACGAUCCCGCGACGACCGUCCUGGAGACAAUACGUUUGAGCUCACAUGCCUCCGGCCGAUUACGCGCUCCGGUGAUGCCAUGGCGAUGGCAAGGACUGCUGUGCAGCAGACCUCACUCUGCAGGCACAACAAUAACAUCAACAUGGCUUGUCCUCGCGCUCUUCUUCGCGGCGUGUGCCCAUGCUAUGACGCCGGCGCGGAUCGCGGAACUGAGGCAGGAGACGGUGGAUAUGUUUUAUCAUGGGUACAAUAACUAUAUGGACGUGGCGUUUCCUGAAGAUGAGUUGCGACCAUUGUCCUGUACCCCGUUGACGAGGGACGAUUCGAGUCCGCAUAAUGUGCAGCUGAACGAUGUCCUGGGCAACUACUCGCUCACGCUGAUCGAUAGUCUGUCCACGCUCGCUAUACUGGCUUCUGCGCCGCCGGACAGAGAUGCUACGGCUGCGAAUGCGCUGCAGGAUUUCCAGGACGGGGUCGUGGCGCUGGUGCAACAAUAUGGAGAUGGGACGAAAGGACCAGCGGGGAAGGGGUUGCGAGCGCAGGGUUUCGAUGUCGAUAGUAAGGUGCAGGUCUUCGAGACGGUUAUUAGAGGCGUAGGAGGGUUGGUGAGCGCGCAUUUGUUUGCUGCUGGGGAUCUGCCAAUCUUGGGAUAUAACCCGAAGCGGCUUGCGCGGCCGUCGAAAUUUAGACUUCAGAAGGGCGAGAUACCGGCGAUUCCGUGGCCGAAUGGGUUAAAGUAUAAUGGACAGCUUCUGAGACUUGCGCUAGAUCUGGCGGAGCGUCUGUUGCCGGCUUUUUAUACGAAGACGGGGAUGCCGUAUCCCAGGGUCAAUCUAAGGCAUGGGAUUCCGUUCUAUGUCAAUUCACCGUUACAUCAGGGUGCUGGGGCGGAUGAUCAGAAUGAUGGCGGGCCUGAGAUUACGGAAACGUGUAGUGCUGGAGCUGGAAGUUUGGUCCUUGAAUUCACGGUGCUGAGCCGACUUUCAGGAGACACGAGAUUCGAACAACUUGCCAAGCGAGCAUUCUGGUCCGUUUGGAGUCGGAGAAGCCCGAUUGGACUCAUGGGAGCUGGUAUAGAUGCCGAAAGUGGACAAUGGAUAGGUCACUAUGCAGGCAUUGGUGCCGGCACCGAUAGCUUUUUUGAAUAUGCAUUGAAGAGCCAUAUUCUUCUUUCUGGACACGAACAACCGAACUUGACUGCCCAAUUCAAAGAGCCGCAUCCUGCAUGGUUGGAUCCGAAUACUAUCUAUACUCCUUUGACUGAGGAUCAGAAUUCUCCCGAGGCGUUUUUGGCUGCUUGGCAUGAGGCUCAUGCUGCAGUCAAGAGACAUUUGUAUAGUGGGAUGCAUCAUCCGCAUUAUGUUAAUGUGCAUCUGCUUACUGGUUCGCCUCAAGCUUAUUGGAUUGAUAGCUUGGGUGCUUAUUACCCUGGCUUGUUGGUUUUAGCUGGUGAGGUUGAAGAGGCUAUCGAGACGAGUCUUCUUUAUACAGCGUUGUGGACUCGGUAUAAAGCGCUUCCAGAACGAUGGUCUGUUACAGAUGGCAAAGUGUGGAGCGGUUUCCAUUGGUGGCCUGGACGUCCAGAGUUCAUCGAGUCUACAUACCAUCUCUACCGUGCAACUCGAGAUCCUUGGUACCUUCACGUUGGCGAAAUGGUCUUGGAGGAUAUCAAAAGCAGAUGUUGGACGGCUUGUGGUUGGUCCGGUCUUGCUGAUGUUCAUACUGGAGAGAAGAGCGAUCGUAUGGAGAGCUUCUUUCUUGGCGAGACGGCAAAAUAUCUAUAUCUCCUUUUCGACCCAGAUCAUCCACUAAACCAGCUUGACGCAGCGUACGUCUUUACUACGGAAGGCCAUCCUCUCAUUAUCCCGAAGGAAAAAUCAUCCCCUGUGAUCAGGAAGAAGGCUCCAAAAUGGAAGGAUGUUGGCACUUAUUCUGGGUUGGAGUACACCAAUACUUGUCCAGCUCCUCCUACGCCUGUCCCGUUCACUGUAUCGGGAAUUGCCGCUAGGACGGAUAUCUUCCAUGCAGCGAAUUUGAUGGGUUUGGAUCGUAUACCCAGCAGACAUGCGAUAAUAGGAGGUACUUCGAGAUUUAAGAAUGAAGCGGCAGAUGUCCAAUCGGACUAUACAUAUUAUCCCUGGACACUACCUGAGAAUCUGAUGCCUGUCAAUGGUACCUGUGACCGACUACCUAUCAAACCUACAACCACCAUCGAGUUCCCCACGAACAAUGAUCAAGUCGUACCAUUGAAUGGAUUCAACCCUCAAUUCGUCAACACUGCUCUCAUCCGUGUUCAGGAUGGAGUUUAUGUGAGCAGCCUUUCGGGUCUGAAGCUUGGAUUGAUCUGGGAAUCACCUUCUCAAUAUCGAUCGAUCGAUGGGCCACUGAAUGAUGCUUGGCGAGUCUUUAGUAUCAAUGGUCAGCCAUUGGGACGAGAUGAGCAGAUUCUUAUUCCUAGAGAACUCGUCGCUGAUCUGGCUGAUCCAUGGUUCUCUAGGAUUCGAGACACGAUUAUGCUUGAUAUCAUUCUUCAGCUCCAUCAUGAACCUGUCGUCAACACUACCGGCACCGGGAACGAUAUAUUGCCUGAACCGGAGCUAAAGGAAGAGCACCAUGAACGGUCACCAAUUGUGCUAGAGGGUACCAAUCCAGGUGGGCUAGCACAUCUUACGAGGAAAUUAUCAUCUAUUUAUGCAUCCUUUACCUCAUCUCUUACAGCUUCUCUCCAUCCUCCUUCCGGGACUUCGUUACCUGAAUCGGGAGUUGCCCAAGCAUACCACGCCGUAGCAAUCACUGCCAUUGCCCCAACAGGAAUAGGAGCAGCACCCAUCGUCGAUGUGCAAGAAGCCCCCGACCCAUUCCAAGGCCCCCGAGUCGACAGCCUCAGCUGGUCUCGCAUCUUCUUCGCGGGAGAAGCCUGCACCAAGAAACUUCCCGACGCAGCAGCCACCAGAUACGAUGUUAUCGUCAUGCGACGAGGCGGAUGCAUGUUCACCGAGAAACUGGCCAAUAUACCUAGUUUUACACCUACGGCUCACGGUCUGAAACUCGUCAUCAUUAUCUCGGACGAGAAUGAAAGCGCGAACGGUGACAACCUCAUCAGGCCUUUGUUAGACAAAGCUCAAGUUACGCCCAGCGGCUUGUUAAGACAUAAUCAGAUUAGCAUGGUGAUGGUCGGCGGAGGGGACGCGACGGAGGCACUGUUCAAACGCACGAGGAGUGUUGGUAUUAGAAGGCGCUACCACGUUGAGAGUAAGGGGAUCGUGGUCGGCAAUAUUGCUGUUGUAUGAUGAAUGAGGGAGGGUCGGCUGUGAAUACAUGGGCAUUGGAUUGGGAGGUGGGAUUGCAUAUGAGAAUUAGCACUGGGAUUGGUGAAAGGCGUUGUUUGUUUUGGAUGCAUGGUGCGUUUGUAGAUACCAUUGUUUGAGUAGGGAACGAAGACACUUUACGUUAUUGGGGUCCUGGUUUGGUG